CCAAUUAUUCUAAAUUAUAGUGAAAUUCAUCGUGGUAUACAGUUGUGAAUACAAUUGUGCCCCCCCCUUUGUGUUGCUCUCAGCCUCGAAAGCGCAACGGAAGAAACUGUGAAGACAACAAAUUCCAACACCAUGCAGUGUGCCUCUGCGUCCCUCAUUGUCACCAGAAUAACGAAAAACAUACGGGCAAGAAUCUCCCUCCCUCGAUAAAUUCUGCUUCUCCAUGCAUCUUUUCUUUUCAAGAUUCACAGAAAUGGGUUGUAGAGAAUCAAAACAUGCUGUUGCCACAGGAAACACAAUUUCCCGAAAGAAAUCUGAUGCCGGGAGCAGGAAGAGCAAAUACAUAAAAACUGUUGGUGAAACAAGCGACAAAGGGAAGAAGACUGACUCAUUGGUGCAGCAAGAAGAAAGCCAAAACGUAAGCAAAUGCUUAGUCGAUGAGGAUGCAUUGGCUGUUGGUGAUGAAGUGAAAAAGGACAUAACUGAUGAACAUAGAGAAUUGAAAGAAGGAGCAGAACAAAUGAACAAGGGAGAUGGUGUUGCUGUUGAAGAACAAGAAGCACCAGCAGCAGGGAGAUUGAUUUCCAAGGAAUCUCCCAAUCGAUUCUUUUCGUCAAGGAAGGAUGAGGAUGUUGAGGGAUUUGCAGCUGAGGGAAGGUCUGAAUUUUUCUCUCCACGCCUUGGAUCAGAAAAGGAGAACUCGUUCAGUGAUUGUGUCAAAUCGGAUGAUGUUGUGGAGGAGACAUUGGAUCCACAGAAAAUGGUGAAGUCGGCAGUGCUAGGGAGCAAUGGUCUUGGAGCAUCUCAGUGAAAUACUAGAAAAGAGAUAACUCCGCUAAAUAAAUCUAUAUUAAAUUCCACGUGAUAUCAUAAAAUCUCGUGUAUUAUAAUUUAAAUUCAUACAGACUGGAUUUAAACAGGGAUUUUCCAUAUUAAAGUGACAAGUAAAUUCAUCCUCCUGCAUUCUCACUAAUUUAUCGAGUUUUAACAAGAAUAUACACUCAUCUGAUUUGCAAUUCAUUGUGUAAAAUUACAAUGGGUUCUUAAAAUCCUGUUUGAUGUAAAUUUCCGCUCCCAGCUAAAAUUAUUUUAUUUUACCUUCUAAAAUAACUAAAUUCUGGCUGAUCUGUACUGCUUCCAAUAGUUCUUAGCAUUUCAUUUCUUCUCAUC